AUGGAUGAGUUCGACUUCAAUGCUGCCCCUCCCGAGUUCCAGGAGAUUCGAUGGAUGGUGGCAUCGAUUUUCCUCAUUUCUGGGACCGGAUGGAUUGUGAAUUAUGUGACAACGAUUCGCACUGCUUUGCGUGACCGCGCAUCUGGCGUAUCACUAUUGUCCCUGUGUAAUAAUCUUGCCUGGGAAACGGUCUUCGCGGUUAUUCAUCGUCCGCCUCAUCUCAUUGCAGCGCUGGUGAUCACAGUUUGGCUGCUGGUCAAUAUCUACGUGAUCUACGUCUCAGUGAAGUUCGGGCGCGAAUCUCAGGAUGUGUCACCCCUGCUGCGAAGACACUUGCCUGCUGUUACCCUCUUGGGUUUCGUGGGUUUCCUGACGGGUCAUAUUGCUCUAUCAAUGCACCUUGGUCCGACAAAGGCAUUGUACUGGGGUGGGAUGAUAUGUCAGGUCACAUUAAGCGCAAGUGCUCUUGGGCUACUUAUUCAGCGGGGACAUACUCGUGGAGCUUCCCCCGCUAUGUGGUACGAUCACAUCUUUCUUUUCAAAGUUUUGCGUGCAACAAGCUAA